CUAGCUUUUACUUUCUGUUUCACUAAAAUUGCGAAAUGGGUACACUUGGGAGGAAUUUUAUGUUUGUAAUUUUUCUGUUGAUUUUAACCACUUCUUCUGUUAAGGGCAUUAGGUUUAGAUGGGCCUUUGGAAAUAGCCAUGGGAAUCAGGAACCCUCUAAGACGUCCAUCGGUGGCAGGGGAGGAGGUUCAUUUUGGCAGGAAGACGUUUUCAACACCUGGGUGUUCGGCGGAAAAGGUAUCUAUAAUGGUCGGCCAUCCAUGAAAAACGAUCUCUGGAAAUACAAUGUCAGGGAAAGAAAAUGGACUUUGGAACAUCCUGGAUCGGAAAGCAUGGACAUAUCUUCCAAAAAUAAAAAUAGGGCACCUGUUCCCAGGAGGUUUGCCUCCAUGUGUGGGGUACCUGGGACACUGAUUGUGGUGUUUGGGGGGAUGAAUAAGGACCAACAGGUGCUUGGAGACACCUGGGUCUUUGUGUUCAAGAAGAAAGAGUGGCUUCCAUUGUCAGAGAUGCUUAAGAAUAUGAGGAAUGAGAGCCUUGGUGAGUCCCCCAAUCCAAGAGCAGACGCUGUUGUGUGGUGUAUGCAUACAAAAAUGAUGGUCUUUGGAGGCAUUUCUGAGACUUUGGAUCAGUUGGAUGACAUGUGGGAGUACAGCCUAAUCGAUCUUAAUUGGAGGCAAGAGAAACUCUCAUCAGAGCUUCACCGGAAAGGCAUCAUCCGUCCCCAGAUAUCGUAUCCUGCAGGGCGUAGUGGGGCAACGGCCUGGGUCGCCCACAAUGAACAGCUCUAUAUGUUCUCUGGAAACACAAAAAACAAAAACAAAGUGGAUUCUCAUAACAAUUCAGGCUUUUCCACUGAUCUGUGGAAUUUUGACUGCAAGAAAAAUACAUGGAUUAAAAUUAUGGGAGAUCCGAAUAAGUGCUUGGCAGGUUAUUAUGGCAAAAAAGGCCUGGCAAACGAGAAAAAUAUUCCUGGAUGUCGGAGAGGAGCAAUUCGUUGGACGGAUAGUGAGGGGCACCUGUGGAUGUUUGGGGGAGAGGGGGCCUCCUCCGACCCCAGAACAAUCUCGGAUGAAGUUCCAGAUGUCAUUCUGAAUGACCUUUGGUACUUUGACCUGGACUAUAAAAUGUGGUCAUGGAUGGGUGGAACAGAUAGAGCCAGUGACCCGGGAAGUUACGGUUCAGCGGAUAACGAAUUUGAUCACGGAAGAUAUCCAAGCUGUCGAACAGACGCCAUGGCUUUUAAUACGUGGAACGAAUUGUAUGUAGUGGGCGGGAUAGGACAUGACUCUACGAAAGCUUUCAGUCUAUUGGACGAUGUUUGGGGGAUCGACGUCCAUAGCGAGGUUAAUUACAGAAGCUCUGCUUGGCCGGGAUCAGUGUUCAUGCUCGUGUUUUUCUUUAUCAGUUUGCUUCUUGUUCUAGUUGUUACUUUCAGUUUUGCUCGUAAAUAUUUCACAGGAAGUAGGAAAAGUGAGAAUAAGAAAUACGAUGUAGAAUAUUCCAUGCUCCAGGAUGAAGCAGAUUAAAGAAUCAGUGCUUCCUUGUGAUGCAGAUUACAUGUCUAUAUUGUUAUUUAAAUAUAUAUGAGGGUUGAUCCAAAAGUUCGUUGAAUUUCUUUCUAAAAUUCUAUCGUGAUUUUAUAAAAGCAAACAAUGGGCAUAUUUAUAAAAUAGAGUCAUAAUGCAACAAUACUGGAAAAUUUCACUACAUUCCAAUUACCAAUAAGGUCACACGAGCUUUCUGAAAAUGGAUAGUUGUGAAACCCGGGGGAGACUUCGACGUAACGUCAAGUGAGGUAUGUCACGUCACGUUAUAGAGGCAUCUCACCCUAAUGUCCAAUUCGAAUACGUAAUUUCACAAAAUGCUGUCCUUUUCUAUAUUUUUUUUUUCUCAUGAAAAGCCUGGGUAUCCUCUCGCACCAACUCAUCUUCAUUUUUCACUCAUAUUUCAAAAUAUCCCCCAUCUUUCCCUAUGAUGUUUCGAUUUCAUUAGCAAUGUCAAGAACAGAACGUCAGUUGACAACGUCUAUUAUCGCUUUUAAUUUGUCUAGGGGGAUAAACACUAGUCUUAAAACAGAGCCUCAAAAAGGCGGCCACAACUUGAAUCAACGUCCGUGGAAGUUCUAUUUUUCUUCAAUUUUUUGUGACACUGGAAAUCCAGUAACUAAAUGUAAUUUUCACCAGUUUGUGUCAAUGAUAUAUGCAUUUAAGAUAGAGUGAUUCCGGGAUUUUCACAAAACUUAUGACUUUACCGAAAUUUGACGUUGUUUAACAACCAAAAUAUGAACAAAAAACUAUCAACUAAUAAACAAAAUAUCCAGUAAAAUCAGUAAAACUUGCAUACAAGGGUUUAUAAAAGAUCAAGGAAUCUUAAUAAUGACAUAAUUUUCAUUUUCUGUAAUACA